GGUGGCUCGCGAACCCAAAGUCUGCAAGCUGCCCGAAGCGUGACCGCAACGUCAUUCAAACCCAUCUCAGCCUUCUCUCUCCCCUCCCAUCCAUCGCAUUCGAACCGUCCUUUUCCAACCCGUUCUUUGCUUCAACCAUCGCCGCUCGACCCAGGCCGUACACGGGCGCACGCACAGCUCUAGCGGACGAACAGACUGCACAGCAUCGCCAGAAUGGACACCAAUAUGGAGGAUGUCGGGCGAGUGCCUGCGGAUGUGUCGCCGGUGCAGACAGAACCCGCAACGAGAUCCACGCUGGAGCAGUGGAUUGAGAACCUGAUGAACUGCAAGCAGCUGUCCGAGGCCGACGUCCAGAGGCUGUGCGACAUGGGUCGAGAAGUUGUUCAGGACGAAUCAAACGUGCAGCCAGUAAAAUGCCCCGUCACUGUCUGUGGCGAUAUCCACGGUCAAUUUCACGAUUUAAUGGAGCUGUUCAAGAUUGGCGGCCCGAGUCCCGACACCAACUAUCUUUUCAUGGGCGACUACGUCGACAGAGGAUACUACUCGGUCGAGACCGUCUCCCUUCUCGUUGCCCUCAAAAUCCGAUACCCCCAGCGCAUUACCAUCCUCCGAGGCAACCACGAGUCGCGCCAGAUCACACAAGUCUACGGCUUCUAUGACGAAUGCCUUCGCAAAUACGGCAACGCCAACGUGUGGAAGAUAUUCACCGACUUCUUCGACUACCUCCCCCUGACUGCCCUGAUUGAGAACCAGAUUUUCUGCCUCCACGGCGGCCUCUCCCCCAGCAUCGACACACUAGAUAACAUCAGGGCCCUUGAUCGUGUGCAAGAAGUUCCCCACGAAGGUCCCAUGUGCGAUCUCCUAUGGUCCGACCCAGACGACCGCUGCGGUUGGGGAAUCUCUCCCCGCGGUGCGGGGUACACUUUUGGCCAGGACAUUUCAGAGGCAUUCAACCACAACAACGGCUUGACGCUGGUGGCACGAGCGCAUCAGCUUGUGAUGGAGGGAUACAACUGGUCUCAGGAUCGAAACGUGGUGACAAUCUUUUCAGCGCCAAAUUACUGCUACCGAUGCGGUAACCAGGCUGCUAUAAUGGAAAUUGAUGAGCAUCUGAAAUAUACCUUCUUGCAAUUUGAUCCGUGCCCGAGAGCGGGAGAACCAAUGGUCUCGAGACGAACACCCGAUUACUUCCUCUAAUCUAGCACUGAUGUUCUGCAUUCAAACAAGUUAUUGCUGUAAAGGGCUUAUUGCGAAAGGGUUUAUAGCUGCUAGAGCCCUAGAAGCUGGGCAUCUUAAAAAAAAAUAAUGUACGAUUAAUCCCAUUGCUGGUAUUCAGGCCCGCGCCAUCCAGCCAUAUUAAGUCUCAGUAUGAACAAGGAGUUACCCGAGUGUUGCUACGCUAUAGAUAUUCAAGAAUUCA